AUAAUUUAAUCGGGUUAGCUCACAUUAGCUAGGAUUAAUAAGGAACUGCAAAAUACUUAACGAUUGUCAGUUAAUCCAUGGAUCUUUGUUUGUAAAGGUCACUGGUUAAUCGUGCGUUUUUACGGAAUGGAUGCUAUCGAUGCAUGGAGAAUAAGAUUUCUCAGUAGCAUAACUUCCGGUUUGCGCAAACAACAGCGCUCCGGUGAAUAUUGCGACGUCGCCAUAAAGGUCGAGGGCGUCGUUUUCCGAUGCCAUAAAGCAGUGCUAUGCGCAGCGUCGCCCUAUUUUACGGCCAUGUUUGCGCACGACAUGAAAGAGUCGCGUGAUGCAGCGGUUACACUGCACGAAACUAAGGCGGAAAUGUUUGAGCUUUUAUUGGACUGCAUUUACGACGGGGCAAGCAUUGUGACGGAAGAUAAUGUGCAAGACAUUUUAGAAAUUGCGACUUUAAUGCAAAUAGACAUUCUACUGGAAUACAUUGAGGAAUAUUUCAGACAAAUCAUCACAGUUGAAAAUUUUGUAGACAUUUGGUAUAUGGCAAAGAAAUUCAGCUGUCAAAGAUUAGAAAACUUUAUUUGGACGUUUAUGACUGAUAAUUUCGUCGCUCUGAGCGACAGUGGAGAUCUGUCUCUGCUACCACUAGAGACAAUGGAACGGUUUCUUAGCGACGAUUCCUUAGUGGCGAAGUCAGAAGAUCUUAUCUGCGACGUUAUUUUGCGAUGGUUAUCUGCGGAUGUAGAAAACAGACGAGAAUACGCGCCAAAACUUAUAACACAAAUGCGUCUUCCUCUCUGUUCUUCAGAAUAUAUUCUGCAACAGUUCAGUAAAGACACGUGUGUAAACCAACUUCCAGAGGCACUUCCAACAAUUAAGCAAGCGCUCAAGUUCAAAAUGUUCCCCGCCAGAAAACAGGACUCCACGUCAGUACAAACGACCCACAGACGAACAAGUGCCCAAGAUGACGUCAUGGUGGUCAUUGGCGGCACAGACACUUCCGAGUAUUCGGGAACCGGCAUGCGAUGCUACAGCUUCCUGCGUCGAAAGUGGUUUAACUUGCCGUCCCUUCCGCAGAAUGUAGGUCCCCAUUACGCCAUAUGCACCUACGGGGACGAUAUUUUCGUGUCCGGUGGUCAGUAUCACAGGGAAGCCUUUCACAGAUUUCAGUCCGCCACGUGCGCGUGGGUCGCCUUGCCGCAGCUUCCGUCAGGGCGUUUCCAGCACGCGAUGGCGUCCGUAACUGACGUAAUAUACGUCAUAGGCGGUGACGGCAGCGUUGAUAGUACGCUAAUCUACGGCUAUAACGUUUCAACCGGAAGUUGGAAUGUGUAUUGUGAGAUGCCGGACCGCAUCCCAUAUGCUCACGCAGUUGCCUUUAACCAAAGUGUUCUAAUAUACGGAGGGAAGGCCUCUGAAUCCCAGCAAUCAGACUACGUGUUCACCUUCGACACUUUCAGAAAUCAAGUUACGCGGAUAACAUCUCUUACGCUACCCGGGCCUGGAACCAAUGCGGUUAUGUUCGACAGUAGCGCUUACAUUAUUGGAACCGACGGAGCGGUAACCAAAGUGACACACGACUUCGAAAAACACGUGGUUAGGACUAUUGAAAACUUCAACCCCAAGAGGUUUGCUUCAGUCCAAUACCGGGGCAUAUUGUACGUCAUAGUAUGUUCCCCAAACUUACGCGGCUCUUCAUCCGAGUUUCCAAAAGUACUUGUAAUAGAUCCGUCCAACGAAAUGAGCCUCCUUGAAACGAUUCUGGUUCCCCCCGCCACUCCACGCGGUGCUCCGUGGCUUGGUAGCGGAACCAGGCUCGCUUCCGUGAAAAUUUCGAUAAGUAAGCACCAUCUAAAGGAAGUGUAGAGCCGCGUGCAUAGGUAGCUUAGAGGGACCUUUUCACAGAUUUUUGCAGAUAUUGAAGUUUGUAAGUAAAUGCUUUUUAUCCUAUAACCAGAUGAAAAUCGAUAGUAUAACAACGAUCGCAUAAACUUUACCUUUAUACCAUCGCUAUUUUAAGACCAUGGUUUUCCGAUCUCUAUCUUAAGAACACUAUAUGUUUCAAUGUGACGUCAUAGCAAAUGAUGACGUUGAAGUAAACAAACACUUCGGAGUCAACUUGGAAAACCAGCGCUGUUUCUUUGAAUUUUAAAGUAUUUUUACUCUUUUUGAACGAUAAACGACCACAAAAUUAUAGGAUAAAUAGAAUAUUAUGUGAGUUUGGGAUAAAGAUCAAGUUUAUCAUGCUCGGCACGAACCAUGUUAGCGCUCGGCAAGCCUCGCGUUACAUCGGUUCUAAGCCUCGCAUGAUAAACUUGAUCUUUAUCCAAAACUCACAUAACAUUCUCUAUAUAUUGAUAAAUGUAAACAUUGGAUCUAAAAAGCUACAGUAAAAAAAAAAAACAAGAAUAAAAUAAAAGAAAGAAAAAAGUAACCCUGAUCUGGGCUUGAGCCAAUGAUCCCUGGAGAAAAAGUCUAACGCUUAGACCACUCGGCCAUCCAUGCUCAUACAAUGAUUGGUGUAUUUUAUACUUUAUAUAAGAAAUCCUCGUUGUGUCACAAAAUAUAACAACAAAAAAACACUUUAAAUUAUUCAAUCGUUUCGCGUUGAAACGCUUUAAAUUUUUUAGGUUUU